AUGGCAUCUGAACACGCAGACAAUGUUACUGCUCUGUCAGACCCUUCGACAAGUUGCAAGGAUGAAAAUUUUUUACAGGUGAAAUCCUACCUCUCUGCCUUUUAUGGCCUAAUCUUCCUGGUGUGCUUCCCAGGGAACAUUGUGACCAUUUUUGUUUACUUUGUCAAGAUGAGGCCCUGGAAAGGCAGCACCAUCAUUAUGUUAAACCUGGCUGUCACUGACCUACUGUAUGUAGCUACACUUCCUUUCUUUAUACACUACUCUGCCAAUGGAAAUGACUGGAUUUUUGGAAACUUCAUGUGCAAAUUUAUUCACUUUGGCUUCUAUUUCAACAUGUACAGCGGCAUUAUCUUCCUUAGCUGCUUCAGCAUCUUCCGCUUUCUUGUAGUCGUCCACCCAGUUAGAUGCUUUUUCAUUCAGAAGAAGAGAUGGGCAGUGACGACUUGCACAGUAAUUUGGAUGAUUUCCCUGGCAAUGAUCAGCCCCUUGGGCACCUUGAUCUCCAUAAAGCAUACACAGAACAGGACAAUCUGCCCAGACCUGUCUUCUGCAGAGGACCUUGACACUACUCGAUGGUAUAACUGGCUGCUGACGAUAUUUGCCUUCUUCUUGCCCCUGGUGACGGUAACUCUGUGCUAUGCACUCAUUAUUCAAGCCUUGGCCACAGGGCCCCAUACGCAGGCUUGCUACAAACAGAAGGCUCGCAGGCUUGCCAUCGUCCUCUUGGUGGUCUUCUACGUGUGCUUCCUCCCCUUCCAUGUCUUUCAGGUGAUUCGGAUUGAGCUUCGCGUGCGAGUGACUAGCUGCGAUCUCAAGAAUAUCAUCCUUUUUAUAUUUAUUCUAACUAAACCUUUAGCAGCAUUAAAUACGUUUGGAAAUUUGUUGCUCUACGUAGUGGCAGGAGAUAGCUUCCAGCAUGCGAUCUUCUCACUCCUCAAGUUUUGGACACACAAGAACUUGAAAUAG